AUGCUGGCUGCCGAUAAAAGUAUCGCUAAAAUCAUGUGUGAAAUGAGGAAUGUAGAAGAGGAUGUUGGUAAUGGCAGAAGCAGCGAAGAUGGUGAAAUAGACGUUUGUAUUAAUAAAUUUAUUAUGAAAAUUUGUCGAUGA